ACUGCAACCCAUAGAACACCAAGCACGUUGCAACAAUGGAUUCCACAGACAUUGGUUGCACUUACUCAAUGGAUGAGAGUUACAAGUCGCAGAGUGGCACAUCGCUUAAUUACAGCACCGACAUCAAUGCCAUCAGUGUGGACUUGCCUGUAACAUCGGACGAUGGGAUUUCAACAUGCAGCACCAGUAAUGGUUUGAAAUAUCUACCACGAUGGCCAGCGGUCAAUUUACAGUUUCGUGAUUUAACGUACAGUGUUUCGGAUCCAAAUCAGGGAAAAAAGAAAAUCCUAAACAACAUCAGCGGCGAAUUCAAGUCCCACGAGCUGACAGCCAUUAUGGGUCCUUCUGGAGCCGGUAAAACAACGUUACUUAAUUUAUUAGCAGGAUUUGGAAUUUCCAAUUAUUCCGGUUACAUCAACAUUAACCGCAAUCCCCGAGAUCCUAGAUUAUUUCGCAAAAUGUCCCGCUAUAUAAUGCAAAAUGAUAUUGUGGAUCCAUAUUUCACCGUUAUGGAGGCAAUGAUGUUGGCGGCCAACUUAAAAUUGGGGAAUGAUUUAAACCAAACACAGAAGCUGGAAGUUAUUGAAGAAAUUUUAAAUAUGUUGCGACUGGAAAAGACAGCUAAUACAGUGGCGGGUCGUUUGUCGGGUGGAGAGCGCAAACGCCUGUGUGUUGCCAUGGAAUUGGUGAAUAAUCCACCGGUUUUAUUUCUCGAUGAGCCAACGACAGGCCUAGAUGAUCUCUCCAGUUCCCAGUGUGUCUCCCUGUUGCGUCGCCUAGCCCAUUCUGGACGCACCAUUAUAUGUUCCAUACACACACCACCUGCCAAAUUGUUUCAAAAGUUUGAUAAGGUUUAUGUACUGGCUGAGGGCCAGUGUGUCUAUCAGGGUAGUGUGGGCAACAUUGUUCCAUAUUUAAAGGAAAUUGGGCUGUCCUGUCCCCUAACCUAUAAUCCAGCUGAUUUUUUCAUCGAAGUUGCCUGCCGCGAAUAUGGUGAUUAUCACAAACAAAUGGUUAAUGCCGUGGAUAAUGGUAAUGUCUAUCGCUGGAUGCCCAAUGGUCGAUACAACGAGCUAAAGUCAAUAUCACCCACAACAUCCAACACCACAUCGGGAGCAUCCUCGGGAGCUUCAUCACUUAAUGAAUUGGAAGAAUUUGAAAUGGAAAUUGAUAAAAAUUCACUAAAAUCCCACUGUUCAUGGUGGCUGCAAUAUCGUAUCCUCCUCUAUCAUAUGCUGACAAAAAUGUGGCGUGAUAAAUCAUAUAUAAAAUUGCGAUUCUAUAUGAAUAUUAUUUUGGGCCUGAUUGUCGGUGGGAUCUAUAUCGGAGUGGGCAAUGAUGCCAGUAAGGCGUUGUUUAAUUUCGGCUUUGCCUUUACCAUUGUGAUAGCGUAUCUAUAUUUGCCACUGAUGCCGGUGCUGGCACAAUUUCCCACCGAAAUGAAACUCUUGAAGCGUGAAUAUUUCAAUCAAUGGUACAAAUUGAGUUCCUAUUAUUUGGCCAUGAUCACGUCCCGCUUCCCCUAUAUGUUCCUAUUGGCCGUCAUCUACUUAACCAUGGUGUAUUUGAUGUCAAAUCAACCCUUGGAAUUAUUUCGUUUUGCCAUGUUGUUCCUGGUGGCCAUACUGACUGCCCAGAUUUCGGAUAGUGUGGGCAUGUUGGUGUCAUCGCGAUUGAGUUUGGUGAACGCCAUGUUCAUGGGCCCCGUACUUGCCGUACCCCUUAUCCUAUUGUCCUGCUAUGGCAUUGGCUAUGGCCGUGACAUAUCGCCGUUUAUGCGUUUCAUUAUGAAUUUCAGUUAUUUGCGUCAUAGCAUGGAAGCCUUGGUCGAGACUCUAUAUGGCUAUGAUCGUGCCGAUACAAUUUGCCCCGUCACCGAAAUGCUUUGCCCCUUUAAAAAUGCCAAAUUUUUGCGUGAAAUUUUAGGUUAUGUCAAUUUGAAUUAUUGGACUUCGAUAUUUUUCUUGGUGAUCUAUUAUAUCGUUUGUACCUCGCUGGCCUUUGUACUAAUCAAGGAUCGUUUGUCCGCAUCGAAUGGUGCCACAAAUCGUAUAUUUCAAUAUGUCAAUCAUAUUUUGGUGAAAUAUUUAAAUUUCACCACCUAUAAAUAUUGAGGAGGGGAAGUAGGAAGUUGAUGUGGCGU